GGCCUUUGCGUUCGUCCGGUCGCCGAUCUCAGCCACUGACCACUACAUCUUCCAUUUCUGGCGUACAACAACCACCAUCGCCGUCAAAGGAUGGAGCUGUUACAUCAAAGUGAGGACCUCAAUUUCAUUUUUGUGAUAGGUCCUGCCAUCGGAUAAUUGCACGGCUCAACGGUAGUGCACCAACGAUCGACCGACACCCCCCCUCCCCCUCCUAAGCACGACUUUGCAGAUGCCUUGAGCAUGGUGAGCAGAGGUGGCCGAUCAAAAGGCUGCUCGAAUUGUCGAAAACGACGCGUCAAGUGUGACGAAACGCGCCCAACAUGUCUUCGCUGCAAGAAGCGCGGUCUUGACUGCGACGGUCCUAAGAACGUAACAUGGAUUAGCCAGAACACCGACUUUCAAAGCGAGUCCUCUUCAGAAGGUUCUGUGAUCCUUGCAACCCCGCCACCUCAGCUUUCAUUCGUGGCUUUCGACGAGACAAUAUGUCUUGCUUAUACACGCAAGAACUUGCUGCGAGGAGGACCCGUUGAGCUGGCCUGCAACACGAUCGAAGUUUAUGUUGGCGCGCCAGACUUUGACGACCCAGGAAUUGAGCUUCUCAGACAGUCUUUGCUCAGUCUCUCGGUGACUUUCUUUGGCAAACAGCAUCGUCAGAACCAGAUCACCCGGCAAGGGUAUUCUUUGUAUGGCGAGGUUCUGCGGCAGCUCAACACGCACUUAGCACUACCAGAACUGCAGACAACUGACGAAACCAUCCUCACGGCGUUGACCUGCAUGCUACUUGAGAUUUUCCUGCCGACCGGUCCGAAGAACUUUUUCAAACAUCAUCGAGGUCUGGAGGCCAUUAUGGCUAUGCGUGGACCGCCGAAAGAUACAACCGGAGACACAUCUACCAUCUUUCGAGGCCUGCGGAUUCUGUCCAUCAUAGGUGCACUUGCAGAAUCUCGGCCGUCAAUCUAUGCGCGAGACGAAUGGAGGAACGCGCCGCCGCCAGCCGACGCAACUGAACCCAUGAUCAUGCAGCACCACAUCUUCACCUGUCUGGCGGAUUGCACAAAGCUCAUGGGUGAGCGCGACGCUAUUCUGAAUGGAACAGCACCGCUAUGGGCGUACGAACCGCUCCUCCGACGUGUGCAGGACGCACUGGACAAUCUGAAGAAGGUUUAUCCUCUGUACGAACGUUUCAACGCCUCUCAAAGAGACCCCAACAAGACCCCCUCACCACUCGCCGAGGAAUUAGGGGUUGCGAACCACGUCUCAGGCACAGCGCUGAUGCUAUACAACACUGUCCACAUUUGCAUCCUGCAGGUCAUCGACUCUCUAGCGCCCUCGCCGCAAAACACCGCUCUGCGCAACAAAGCCGCCACAACAAUCGCUAAAUGUCUCGAGCUCAAGGAACACGCAAAGCGCGAAGGCGCACACAAGUCCAACACCAUCAGCUUCGUCGCCACCAAUAUUGCAUGGCAAGCACUAGGCGGCUUCGACUCGCCUGAGGGCCGGCGACUAGCAAAGACCGUCAGUACGCACCUCAACGCCGUGGCGCCGUUGCCACUUGGCGACAGAGAAGCGUGGGACAAUGCGCGACCCGAGGACAUACGAGAUACGUUUUUCGCAAAGUUCAUGAAAUGGGUGCCGGGUAGCACACCAGCUGACAAGGCAAGAGCAGUGGGAUCGUUGCAGCUGCCGGAGGUCAUUAACAUCGGCUAUAAGACAACCUGGCCGGUACACUCGUAACAGGCCGGUAGUUGUGUAGUCGAGGAAGAAAGGCAGUAAUAUCAAACAAGCUCAAUGGGCGCUCUACAUGUUGUCUCCUAUUACCAGGCUACUUGUCUGUAAUUGUGACUUCCCACUCUGUAGCAGCCCACAAUUACCGAAAUGUGAAUAACCUUA